GCCGGUUCACCGGAGAGGCACACCAGUAGAGCACGGGAUGCGCCUCUCCCUGGCGGUCGCGCAGAAACGACGACCAUUCCGCCAUUUCGGUGGGUUUCCCCAGAUACACCGCUGCCUUCGCGCAGGCGUCAUCUGCCCCGCCUCGCCGGCCCGCCGCCGCGCGGCCCCUUUAUAGACUUCCGCACUGGCAGUGCCCACGACACCUCACUCCCUCCCUCACCAGCAGCGCACCAACUCCCCACCCACCCCAACCCAGACCAAAACGAUGGCGUCCAACUCCACCGCGACGGUGGACGGCAGCGCGCUCGCGGGGCGCGCGCUGGCCGCGGCCGGCGUGCGGCACAUGUUCGGCGUCGUGGGCAUCCCCGUCACCUCCCUCGCCUCCCGUGCCGCCGCCGCGGGGGUCCGCUUCCUCGCCUUCCGCAACGAGCAGUCCGCGGGCUACGCCGCCGCCGCCUACGGCUUCCUCACGGACUCCCCAGGCCUCCUCCUCACCGUCUCCGGCCCCGGAUGCGUCCACGGCCUCGCGGGGCUCUCCCACGCCACAGCCAACGCCUGGCCGCUCCUCAUGGUCUCCGGCUCCUGCGCCCAGGCCGACGCCGGCAGGGGCGACUUCCAGGAGCUUGACCAGAUCGCCGCCACCAAGCCCUUCGCCAAGCUCGCCGUCAAGGCCACCACCAUCGCCGACAUCCCGAGCCUCGUCUUCCAGGCCCUGGCCGCCGCCGUCUCCGGCCGCCCCGGCGGGUGCUACCUCGACAUCCCGUCCGACGUUCUCCACCAAACCCUCCCCGAAUCCGAGGCUGCGGCUGUCAUAGCGGCCGCUGCUGCCGAUUCAGCCGCAUCCGAUCCUUCCCCGCCGAAGCAAAAGAACCUAGAUGAGGGCAUCGAGAAGGCUGUGGAUCUGCUCCGUCGAGCGGAGCGGCCUCUGGUCGUGAUUGGGAAGGGUGCGGCAUACGCUCGCGCGGAGGAGGCGAUCCGGAAGCUGGUGGACAUAACGGGCAUACCCUUCCUCCCGACGCCGAUGGGCAAGGGGGUCGUACCUGACGCACACCCGCUCUCCGCCACCGCGGCACGGUCGCUCGCCAUCAGGCAGUGCGAUGUGGCGCUGGUCGUCGGUGCCAGGCUUAAUUGGUUGCUUCACUUCGGCGAGCCGCCCAAGUGGUCCAAGGAUGUCAAGUUCAUACUUGUGGACGUCUGUGAGGAGGAGAUUGAGCUCCGGAAGCCACAUGUGGGGAUUGUUGGGGAUGCGAAGAGAGUCAUGGAGCUUAUCAAUAGGGAGAUCAAGGACAAUCCGUUCUGCUUGGCAAGGUCGCACCCGUGGGUUGAAGCUAUCACCAAGAAGGCCAAGGAUAAUGUGCUUAAGAUGGAGGCACAGCUGGUGAAGGAUGUUGUGCCAUUCAAUUUCAUGACACCUUUGCGGAUAAUCCGGGAUGCCAUCCUUGCUGAGGGGACCCCUGCUCCAAUAGUGGUCUCAGAAGGGGCAAACACCAUGGAUGUUGGCAGGGCUGUGCUUGUGCAGAAUGAGCCAAGGACAAGAUUGGAUGCAGGGACAUGGGGGACGAUGGGGGUUGGAUUGGGGUACUGUGUUGCAGCUGCAAUGGCUGCACCUGAACGACUUGUGGUUGCUGUUGAGGGUGACUCUGCAUUUGGAUUCAGUGCAAUGGAGGUUGAGACGUUGGUGAGGUACCAGCUGCCCGUUGUUGUAAUUGUUUUCAACAACAAUGGUGUCUAUGGUGGUGACAGAAGAAGCCCUGAUGAGAUAACCGGACCCUACAAAUAUGACCCUGCGCCAACCUCUUUUGUUCCAGCUGCAGGCUACCAUAAAAUGAUGGAAGCUUUUGGAGGAAAAGGUUAUCUUGUAGAGACACCAGACGAGCUCAAAUCUGCCCUUUUGGAAUCGUUCCGUGCCAGGAAACCAUCAGUAAUUAAUGUUAUCAUUGAUCCUUAUGCCGGUGCAGAGAGUGGUAGAAUGCAGCACAAGAACUGAGAGUGUUUGUUUGUACCAUAUCCUAGCAGGAUGCAAAUGCGACUUAAUAAGCAACGUCCUCCAGCCAAUUGUUUUCGACUGUCGCUUCUUUGUUCUGCAUACAGAUGUGAGAUACUCCGGAAAAUUAGUUGGCCUUUCGAAAUUAAAGUGGACACUCAAGGUAUUUUCACUUCACUGCCCCUGGAAUAAGGAUGCUCUUAUGGAUAGUCUUCCUUCUUUGAUGGCAUGUAAUGUAUUAUGAUUGUCUACACGCAAACAUGAAAUGUAUAGUAAACUCAUGAGAAGGAUGUGCGGGUAAGUUUGUUAACCUGUAUCCUCUAAACAAAGUAUGUAAACCUGUAUGAAUAAAAAAAAGGAAAAAUUGGAUUCUUGACACUUAAA